UUCAUGGCAGCUUGCGACAGUCGCUGAGCAGGAGUCCAACUUUGUCUGCGAAGCUAAACGGUUCGACAGUGAACGUGCUCGUCGUCGUCCUCGCGUCAAAAUUCCGCUACGAUACACUGUGUGUGCAGCCGCCGUGGAUUACUACCUUGUGUCUGUGUGUAUGUGUGCAUAUACGCAAACGAUUACGCAUUGAAGGAAUAUGAUCAAACAGCAAAUGUGUUAAUACGCAACCAUUGUACCGUGUGACACGUGUGUAAGAAGGUGUUGUGUGGGGUGUGCUGUGUGGAUGGAUGUCAGCGAAGGCCACAGAAGUCAAAAGGAAAGUGUUUUCAAAUGGUUGUGGUUGAAUGGUGAUUGAUUGGGUAAACAACAAGCACCUAGCGAAAAAAGGAAAGAUCUGUCUGUUAUUGUAAACGUCUAUCAUCGUCGCUGUAGCAACGCAGUUGCGUGCAGUGGAUUUGAAGCUGAAAGAAGCCGUUGAAAAGUGUACGAGUGAAGGCGAACGAGAUCAGCCGCAACUCAUGAGAAUCGUUUCCAGGUUGAGAUUUGUUUUAGUGUGACUACUAAACAAAUUAAUUGUGUGUGUUUUUUUGAACGUAUCAAUCACCGUGUUCGUAACACGACAAAUCGAUCGAGUCGUGGGAAAGUGGGUGCGUGUGUUUUCUUGUUGAAAAAAAAAAUAUGAUCACACAAAACGAUCUAACAUGUGAAGGUUUCAGCAUGCAAAUAAAUCAACCAUUUGCAGUGCAAAUACUGCAUCGCCGUUAAUUGUGACCGCGUUCAUGCGUAGCAUAAAACAGAGUGAAUAGAGAGAAAGAGAGUGAAGUAAUAUAACCGAGACGAAACGGAACGUUGAAAGAACCUUGACAGGUGUGAAACAUACAAAUCGACAGAUAAACUACACGAGCGAGUAACUGAAGUGGUUGGUGUGCGAUCGUCAUCGUGUUGAAAGUGCAUUAAGUUGUUCUUCCCCCCUGCCAAAGACCGCCCAAAUGGUAAUACUAGAAGGCACCGCAAUGUUACAAGUUGGAAAUAAUCAAUAUCUACAGCCGGACUACCUUUCUCCGCUUCCGACAACGUUGGACGCGAAGAAAAGUCCCCUGGCAUUGUUGGCGCAAACGUGCAGCCAGAUCGGUGCGGAUCCGGGCAACAUUACGGUCAAAUCGUUGGUUUCACCGUCGGAAAAGAACAAAAAAUCAUCGUCCUCCAAUAGCUCGAGCAGCAGCACCAGCAGCACAUCAUCAUCCGGCAGCAAUUCGUCGGCAUCGUCCCAGGUCGAUCCGACGUCCCACUCGUCCGCGUCUCGAUCGCCGUCGGUAAAGACGGACAAAUCGGACGCAUCGCCGGAGAUAAAGCUCGCCUUCAAACCGUACGAGAUGAAUGUGCUAACGACGAAAGUGAACCUUAGCAAAGCGCCAUCGGUUGACGAUCGUCCGUCGUCAAAGAUGAGCAGUGGAAGUGACGUGUUGAACAACAACAGUGUGAGCCAAAUCAAUAAUAAUAAUCAUGGUGAUCACGGCGGCCGCAAGGACGGCCGGGCCCUGUCACCGCGUGGUAGCGCCGAUUCGCCAAUGUCUGGCCGGGGCGGUGGUAGUGCUAGUGUGAAGAGUAACGAGAGUAGUGGUGGUGAGCAUGGUGGUGGCAAUAAGUGCAGCACACCGGAAGCCAACCGUAGGGCUUCAUCCGCCGGUACGCCCAGUGAUCGUGAGAAAGUGAGUGGUAGCAGCAGUGUAGGAGGUGGUUCCGGCCCUUCCAGCAGUCCGUCGGCUGGCAUGAUGCAUCCGGGUGCGUUGCCACCGUCGGCCGCAUACAAAGCGAACCCGUACGGCAUGAGUGCGGCCGGUUUGCCGAGCCCGUCGGGGAUCGACCACACGAACCCUGCCUUCCGGCCACCUUUUGCCGGUGCAUUUAGUCAUCAUCAUGCGGCCAUGCUGGCAGCCGCCGGUUACUCCGGUGCAGCAGCAGCGGCUGCGGCAGCUAGUGCCGCCGGUGCCAAUCCGUACCUCAGCUACACGCGCGUCAAAACGCCUUCCGGAGGUGAAACGUUAGUGCCGAUCUGCAAGGAUCCGUACUGCACCGGAUGUCAGUUUUCGGCCCACAAUCACCAGAUGAUGAUGGGCAGCCAGUGUCCGGCCGGCUGUACCCAGUGUGACCACCAGAAGUACAUGGCCAUGGCUCUGAGCUCCAUGCCACCGGCCGGCUAUCCGGGCUAUCCUCCGCCCUCGUCAGCCGCUGCAGCAGCAGCAGCAGCUGCGGCCGCAGCCGCAGCAGUAAAUUCCGGCGGAUCGCAACCACCGGGAAGUGCCGGUGCCGCAAGCCGGCCGUACAUGUGCAACUGGGUCGUUGGUGACUCGUACUGCGGCAAACGGUUCAAUACUACCGAUGAACUGUUGUCCCAUCUGCGUACACACACCGCCAACCUGUCCGACCCGGCAGCGUUGGCACUGCAGCAACAGCUGAUGCCGCUGAGUGGCAUUUUCCCGCCUACAUCGCUGCAUCACCAUCACCGAGGCUACCCGAAUCCACCGCUUAGUCCGCUGUCAGCCGCCCGGUACCAUCCGUACGUGAAGCCCGGUGCCAUCCCGACGGCCCUGCCCGGUUCACCGUACAGUGCGGCGGCAGCAGCGGCUGCGGCCGCUUUCAACCCGGCGGCUGCCUUCGGCCAGUACUACUCACCGUACGCGGCCGCUCUCUAUGGACAGCGCAUGGGUGCGGCAGUACACCAGUAGAGCCAGAGUUGGCAAGAAUUGUGACUGUGUCUCGUGUUGUGAGGUUUUGUUUGUGGCGCAAUUCUAAAGGUACAGAAACGUCCCUUUUGGUCCACAAAAAGGACUACCAAGAAAGGCUGUCCGAUGCGUACAGCGAGGGCACGAGCAAAGCACUAAGAAACGGCAACAACAACAACGUAAAACCGAAAGUGUCCAAUCGUGUUUGUUCUAUCAACUGUGAUAUUAAGAUUAUUCUUCAACUGAGCGGAUGGAUAAAGUGGGAAGGAAAUAGUAACACAUUAAAUGAAGCCGAAGUGCUGUUAAUACAAGCGUAAAACAUCGAGGAACAUUUCAACUGGAAGAACGCUACAAAACGUUCGAAAGCUACAGUGCGUUUCAUCCGAAUAGUGAGGAUAGAGCUGGAUUACAAAUCAUUCAUACUUAGAUCACAGUUUGCACACAACACACAGCUACUAUUAACUUGUAGAUUGUGUCAUGGACAUUCGGGAGGGAAAAGAAAACGCAUCCACACAACGAUUGGAGAUUGCGCCAUUUGCCUACAAAAAUCGAUCAAAUGCUGUUAGUUUGUUCAAAACAAUUCAUAACUAUUCGCGGUAAAAGAGAGGCUCAAGAAAGGCCAUCCAAAACGAAAUGUAUGUGUGUGUACGUGCGCGUUUCUGUAGUAGAUAAAUGAUCAUCAGCACACGUAACGUAGUGUAACGCCUGUAACGCAUGUAAAUCGAAAGAUCGUUUUUUUCAUCUUUCCGAAAAUCCUUUUCGAUGCAGUGUUAAUGAAGAGGAGAUCCUAGUGAAGAUUUUAUCAGUAUAGCAACGAUAAGAUAUGAAGAAGAACUUUAUUCUGUCUUAACGCAGUUGUUGUUGACGGAACGCCUUGAUGAUCCAGUAGGAGAUCAUUUCAGUUCAAUCCAAGCUGAAAAGGCAUGCGUUAGUCGAGAGAAACUUUGUGCGCAUUUUGAUCACACUUUCUUUGAAUCGGAACUUGAUCUAAAUAUAUAAAACAAAAUCUCUUACAAUCGUUUUUUUUUGUGUUAUUGUGUCAUUCUUCCGUACAAAAAAGAACCCCACAAUCUCUCUCUCUUUUAUACGUGUGUGGCAUAUUAGCUUAUCCACGUAACGAAUCUUGCACACUAAAUACAUUGUUUCGGUUGCUGUUCACAGAACCGCAUUUUUUUUUGCAUUUGUGUUGCUGUUGCUAAAUUGUUCAUAUAUCAUCAUCCUUAACAAAUGCGCAACAUCAUGAGUAAGGAAGGAAUCCAGAAUGCAUUACCCUGUAUCGACAGUUGCUAUUUAUUAUUGCCGUGUUAUGUUUCGCACUUUGGCCGCUUUAGUUUGCCGUAGGAUCGGGUCGAAAAUUGGAAGUGUAAAGUAAAACAAAACACAUAAACCAUCCCAUCGGAGAUGGUUGCAAAAGCAGGGCAGCACAAUAAAAGUUGCAUUCUUGAGAUAAUAAAGCAAAACGAAUCAACUGCUGAAAUGAGGUGAAGAAUAAAUAAAGAAGAAACACGAAGAAGCACACAAGCAAAAAGGAAGAGAAAAGGAGAGCAAAAGAUACAGAGAUUAGCAGUGAAAAAAGCGAGAAAGAAAAAAACAAAACAGCGGCAGGUACGACGAGUUGUGCGUUGAAAUUGUAAAUAUUCAGACACGGUGCAACACGAGCAAAAGAGCGAUACGAUAAAGUGGAUAAAAAAGCGACCGAAGGAAACAAGCUCGUUUGUAAGAGAAAAAUAUGGAAUUUAUGAACCUGUAAUAAAUCUAAAAGGCAAAAAAAGGAACAAAAAAAUAUGAAAAUAAAAGGAAACGCCACAUCCUCUAUUAAUUACAAA